GAGACGGAGUACACUAUGCGACACAACAGAGAAGAGACAAAAUCAAGCUGGCCCUGUCUUUUGCCGUAUAUUCCAAACCCCAUCACAGCCGUCAGAUUUCUAAUUCAACGGCUGAGAUUCACCCCACAGAUUUCUAUUUCUGCCAGAUUUUCUCUUCUCAGUUGAACAGAUCUCUCUGAACCCACUUCGCCAUCAGAAAGAUGGCUUCUUUGGCCCUCACAUCCGCCGUCAACCUCCGUCUCCGGCCAACCCCAUCUCAAAAACCACGCAUUUCCAUCACCCAAUCCCUUCAAUUCACUCAAACAUCACAAAAAACCAUAAAUCUUGGAAAACGUUUGAAUCUUGGAGGAAAAAGAUUGAAUCUUGAGAAAUCAAGAAGGGUAAUUGUAAAAGCUUCAGCUUCAGCUUCAGCUUCUUCUCCUUCACCUGCAAUAGUUCCACAGCCUCCAUGGCAAGGUGCAGCAAUGAAGCCUUUGAUUGCUUCUAUAGCAACUGGGGUUAUCCUCUGGUUUAUCCCUGCACCUUCUGGUGUUACAAGAAAUGCAUGGCAGUUGUUGGCUAUCUUUCUUGCUACAAUUGUUGGGAUUAUUACUCAACCUUUACCUCUUGGUGCUGUUGCACUUAUGGGUCUUGGUGCUUGUGUAUUGACUAAAACUCUUACUUUUGCUGCUGCAUUCUCAGCUUUUGGUGAUCCAAUUCCAUGGUUAAUUGCUCUUGCAUUUUUCUUUGCAAGAGGGUUUAUUAAAACUGGAUUAGGUAAUAGGAUUGCUUAUCAGUUUGUGUCAUUGUUUGGUAGUUCUUCAUUGGGGUUAGGUUAUAGUUUGGUUUUCAGUGAAGCUCUUUUGGCUCCUGCUAUUCCUUCUGUUUCUGCAAGGGCUGGUGGGAUUUUUCUCCCAUUGGUUAAAUCACUUUGUGUGGCUUGUGGAAGUAAUGCAGGUGAUGGAACUGAACAUAAGUUGGGAUCUUGGUUGAUGCUUACUUGUUUUCAGACAUCUGUUAUUUCAUCCUCUAUGUUCUUGACAGCUAUGGCUGCUAAUCCAUUGAGUGCAAAUUUGACUCUAAGUACCAUUAAUCAGACAAUUGGGUGGAUGGAUUGGGCUAAGGCAGCUAUAGUUCCUGGUUUGGUGUCUUUGAUUGUGGUUCCAUUGUUAUUGUACAUCAUUUAUCCACCUUCAGUGAAGAGUAGUCCUGAUGCUCCUAGGUUGGCUAAGGAGAGGUUGGAAAAGAUGGGGCCAAUGUCUAAGAAUGAGAUUAUUAUGGCAGGAACUCUGCUUCUUACGGUUGGACUUUGGGUUUUUGGUGGCACAUUGAAGGUUGAUGCUGUUACUGCAGCAAUUCUUGGACUAUCUGUACUCCUUGUGACUGGGGUAGUUACAUGGAAGGAAUGCUUGGGUGAGGCUGUUGCUUGGGACACCCUUACUUGGUUUGCUGCAUUGAUUGCAAUGGCUGGCUAUCUGAACAAAUAUGGUCUCAUCUCUUGGUUUAGUGAGACCGUGGUCAAGGUCGUCGGUGGAUUAGGUCUUUCAUGGCAGUUGUCGUUUGGAAUUCUUGUUCUUCUGUACUUCUACUCCCACUACUUCUUUGCAAGUGGAGCUGCUCAUAUCGGAGCAAUGUUCACAGCAUUCUUAUCUGUUGCUAGUGCACUAGGUACUCCACCAUACUUGGGAGCGUUGGUGCUUUCAUUCCUCUCGAACCUUAUGGGUGGCAUUACUCACUAUGGAAUUGGAUCAGCCCCUGUAUUCUAUGGUGCAAACUAUGUCCCCCUCGCGAAAUGGUGGGGGUACGGGUUCGUAUGUUCUAUCGUCAACCUUAUUAUCUGGCUGGGUGUCGGAGGAAUUUGGUGGAAGGCCAUUGGCUUGUGGUAGAGUUGCUGGUUAAGAUGAUUUACAGUAGUUUACAAUACCUGUUACGAGCUCCUCAUAUGAUCUUGGCGUGGACCGUUGAGAUUAGUUUUCACUAUUCUUUUUUCUUGAAAUAAGUUUUGGUAAUUUUUUGGUGGAGACUUGUGUAGUUAAAGAAUGCUAGUAUGUAAAUUAGGUCCAUUUAUAUCUGAAGUUCAAGUUUUUACUGAAGUGUUUUUGACAUUGAAAACUUCAAAUUGUAAGAGCUGAGUGAUUAGGUCACUUCCAAUUCUUUUUA